UACAAAAUAAACCGAUUUUUGGCGCGCUUGCAUCGAAGAAACGGAAUAAACAUACUAUUUUUUAAAUUUCUACAGAUUUUUUUCUUCCAAUACACCGUUUAGAUGUUUUUAAACAAUUUAUGUAAGAAAUUAUUGUUCUCAUGGAUAAGCAAACAGUAGUGAAGCGUAAUUUAGAUAAGUUGGAAUCGGAAGAUUCUGAUGUGGAAAAUGUGAGUGCGAUUUCAAACUCGCAACCGAUUGCGAAAAAAGUAUGCGUGGAGGAGCAAAAUGUAGCUGCUAGGGAUCAAAAGGAGCGACCCAGCGAAAUGGAUGAACUCGGUGAAAACUUGAAUUGUUUCUUUGAUGAGGAUGAUAAUUUCGAUCUGGAUUUUAUUGCAUUGCAUGAUACUGAGGAAUUUACCCUUGAUCUGACAAACUGGAAAAGAUGCAAAAUCGUGUCGCUGUGGAAAGAAAUUGGUACAGUGACGCUAGUUGUGGAAGACAAAGCCACCAACGCUAAGGCCAAAUGUAUCCUAGAGCCGCCUUGGAUGUCGGUACAGCUGACCAUAGGUUGCACCAUUUCACUGAAAGCUUUUUUCGAUAAAACCAGCAAUCUCUAUCGUAUCAAUGCACAGGAUGGAAUGAUCGUAACAGAUCCGGACUAUCUGGUAUCGGGCACAUCCGUUGUCGGAGCAUUAUAUUGUCAACGUCGUGGUGUUCUGCAAGAACGUUUCCGCGGUGUAGAUGCGGAUAGCCAAAUUAUGACAGUCGGCACAAUCGUACAUGAGCUGCUACAGAAAUGCCUAAGGAACAAGUUGAAUGACAUGGCUGAUAUCGUUGCUGUCGGGCGCGAAUUUCUAAAUUCCAAAGACAUGGCUCGAAUGCUGUAUGCUUGCAAAAUGAGCCGAGUAGAGGCAGCGAAAGAAGUUGAACAGUUCUAUUCAAGGAUUCAUGACUUCAUCAAAAAUCAUGUCCAUGUGAGCUACGAGCACAAAUCAACGAAACCGAAAUCAGACAUUGAAAUAGUUGCCAUCAAAGACAUCGAGGAAAAUAUUUGGUGCCACCAGCUGGGAUUAAAGGGGAAAAUCGACGUGACAGUAGAAGCGAAAUGCAGUGGUGACCAACAAGUGCAGUUAAUGCCAUUGGAAUUGAAAACGGGACGAGCCAGCUUUUCCGCAGAGCACAAGGGCCAAGUCGUAUUGUAUGAAAUGAUGAUGAACAUCGUUGGGCAUCGCGUGGAUAAAGGUAUCUUGCUUUACCUCCGAGAAGGGAAGUGCUCAUCGGUGGUAGGCAAUCGGAACAUGAAACGUGACUUGAUUAUGCUGCGGAAUGAAGUGGCCUACUACCUUUCGCGAGGUUUAACCAACACCGACAGCCCGCAGUUUGAUUUGGCGAAAGAUAUCCUGCAACUUCCGGAACCGUUGAACAAUCGGCAUGUAUGUUCCCGUUGUCCGUACAGCGUCAUUUGUACAGCCUAUUUAAGAUACGAGAAAGAAGAGCUGCCCGAUGGUCAUUCCAUCAAGCUCAUUGCCGAUGACUCGUUGAGCCAUCUCAGCGAUCGACACAUAGAUUACUUCAUUCGAUGGGCAGGAUUGAUUUUCCUUGAGGAUGAAGAGUCCAAGAAAGAUUUUCGUAUCAAACAUCUUUGGACAAAAAGUCCUGAAACGAGGCAUAAGAUGGGACGUGCGACCAUCAAUUUGCGAUUAACGGGACGAGUUUUCAAAUCGGAAGAUGAGUAUUUCCACACAUUCGCGCUGAACGUGAAUAAAAAUGACUCGUUGAACGCGUCGCCUUCGCUGAACGUCUCCCAGUUGUCAGCUAUUGAAUAUUUAUCUGCGUUUUUCGCGCAGAAUGAGUAUUUAAUUUGUAGCACUAACAAACGAAUAGCCGUUGCUGCGGGCCGCGUGGUGAGCGUUAGCAAGCAUGAAAUUACUAUGAGCCUGGAGCGUGAUCUUAGCCAGUACUAUUCGGAAGAAAUGUUCCAUUUGGAUAAAUAUCGGUCGCGAACGCAGAUGGUAUUCAACCUUACUAACGUGGGCGUUUUGCUGGAAAAUACGGAACGUUCUGACAUACUGAGGCGCAUCAUUAUUGAUCGGGAGAAGCCAACUUUUACAAAGACCGUACCCGCCGAGAUUAAAGAAGAAGGAAAAAAUAUUUUGCAAAAUCUUAACAAGCAUCAGAAAAUAGCGGUACUCACCGCUAUUGGAACUAAGACUUAUUGCUUGUUCAAAGGUCUGCCAGGAACGGGGAAAACUCAGACAGUGAUCGCACUGAUACGACUGUUGCUAGCCUUGAAAAAGUCUAUUCUGAUCACCAGCAACACGCAUUCCGCCGUGGAUAACGUACUCUUAAGGCUGCUUCCGUACGACAUCAAGUUCAUGCGUUUAGGCUCCACGACUCGAAUCGAUCCCCGAUUGGAAGAGUUCAGUGAGGCUCGGUUAACGGAGAACUGUUCAACCCCAGAAGAACUUGUUGCCGUAUACAGUUCAUAUAACAUUGUAGGCGUGACUUGUCUUGGAUCCGAUCAUUCAUUGCUUGUUCGACGCACCUUUGAUUUUUGUAUCGUUGACGAAGCGACCCAGGUAUUUCAAAGUGCUGUGAUCCGGCCGCUUUUAUCGUCUGACAAAUUUGUAUUGAUAGGCGACCCUGAUCAGUUGCCUCCAGUGGUACAGUCACGCAAAGCAAAGGACUUGGGUGCCGAUGAGAGCCUGUUUGUUCGGCUGGAUGCUGAGGAAUCAUGUUGUGUACUACCCACUCAGUACCGUAUGAAUAAAACUAUCACCAAGCUUGCCAACGAAUUCUCCUACAAGGGUAAACUGCUGUGCGCCAACGAAGAAGUUGCCAAUUCCACCAUAAAACUGCCCGAAAUAAAGACCAUGCAACAGAAGCAUAAGCUAGAGAAGUGGCUCCUGAAGACGACAGCCUUGCAACUUGAACUAUCGGUCGUACUCAUCGACACGCUCAACACAUUCAAAAGAAGUAUGGCCUACAACACAACGCGGAAGCGAGAAUACUCCUACACUUCGCUCGAUGGCAGCCUAACUGGAGAAGAACCGAAAACAAUAUAUGAAAACUAUUGCGAAGCUGCCAUUGUUUUUUACACGAUCAUGGCACUGAUUGAUGCUGGCAUCGAUGGAAGCGCCAUAGGAGUGAUUUCACCAUUUCGAGCUCAAGUGGAUCUACUUCGGUUUUACCUCACCCUGCUCGUUCGGUUGUACGAAGGCCAAGGCGUAGCAAACACCAACAAAAGGUUCGAUAUUGAGAUCAGUACCGUCGAUCAAUAUCAAGGCAAAGAUAAAGAUAUUAUAUUGUAUUCUUGUACAAAAUCAAAUAACCCCGAUGGAACCGGAACAAAAUCUAACGCCCCAAGCCAAUAUGGAAUUCUCGAGGAUUAUAGGAGACUGACGGUAGCAAUAACCAGAGCCAAAAAGAAAUUGAUCGUCAUUGGUGAUACCGAGUGUCUUGAGAAUUACACACCGUUUAAAAACUUAUUCAAGUGUAUCUCAACCCCAGGUAAGAUAGUACUCCAAGACCAUCGCCUCGGAUUCGAAUGGAGCGGUGUGUUCAACACACUGGACUCACUGCAUGACUGCGAAUAGAAAUUAUCGGACUCGAAUUGCAAAUAAAUGCUCGAAUUGCACACUGCCAAUUUCUACUCA